ACUCAUUAACCCGCAUCAAUGUACACUUUAUACUCUUCUUUCCCUUCCUUUAUUUCACUCCUCAUUGUUCCCGCCUUUGGCAUCAUCCUCUUGACUAUCUGUCUACUUCAAAUCAUUGAUGUCUGUGUAUGUACAUGACUGAGCGAUUGUUCUUGGUUUCUCAUCCAUCCAUUCUAUCCUAUCCCAUUUUCCAUCUUGUUGGAUGUCUCUACUAUCAGAAAUGCCUUGGAAGAUGGAUACUCACCUUUUUUCUCUUUCUCUGCUACUUCCUUCCUCUACACCCUGUCAUUUCACCAUACCUACCUACCUACCUCAUGGUCGGCGUAAAUAACGGGACCUCUUCGUUAUUGUUGUGCUUCUUGGGCAGCGAUGCAAGAGAAUCAUCGACUACUUGGCAAUUCCAUCACCCUUGAAUACAUAUUCGGUGACAUAUCACAUACCGUAGUAAAGUUCUCUAGUAGAUCCAGAUACCAACUAUAGAUUUGUAGAUUCAGUUCAUGUAAUAAUACAACAACUACUUCGCUGCACACCGCCCACCAGCUGAGCAUACAGUCCUUCACUACAGGGAC